AUGAUUGCUGAAGUUGUGUCAUCCGUCCGAUGUUUCCAGGGUCGCCAGAAUGUCUAUAAGCAUCAUAGUGAUGUUCUUAAUUGUGACAUGCAGUUUGGAGCGUAUAUCCCGGAUCACAAAGAUGGAGAACGUCUUCCAGGAUUGUUCUAUCUGUCUGCCAUGAUUGUCAUACAUCCGGACACAUCUCCAAGAGGAGUUGAUCUUCCAUCCGAUGACGAAUCAUGGUCUUUCGGUAAAGGUGGGUUUUUGAACAACCUCAUUUUUUGA